UCAUAUUUACAUGUGUGUUUUAUUCAAAUAAUAUCAAAUAAUAUCUUAUAUACAUGAACUUUACGUUGCUGUUAGGACGAGGUUCCAUGUCGAUUGUAUUUGGUAGAUCCAACUAGUGGAGAGACUUGUCUAGUGGCAGAUGCAUAUUCUUAUGCUUUUGAUGAGACCACUACAGUUCAUGGGUCUAGAAUGAUGAAUGAUCACCUGAAAGCGAAAAAUUCAUCGAAUUAUAGAGAAAUAUGGUCAUUUGCCACUACCUGUUCCCGUCCCUGCAUAUGAGAUCGACACUACAGCUACUGCUUUGGGUACUUGGGUGCAAUGGCCAAAAAAUUUAGCACAAAUGUUAAGUGAUGAGGUUACACCGACACCUAAAAAACAAAAAGGGAUUUCGGGGGAGGCUGUUAGAUCUUCUAGCCAGCUGCAUUCAGCCGGUUCGGCUUCUCAGUUUAGUCCAUCUAUCGACGAUCGAUCGUUCUUGGACUCCCUCACUGAAGACUGCAGGGAGUUAGCAGUUACGCUUGCCCUUGCCGUCGCAGACGAUGAUGCUGUUGGUGUUACCUUGCCGAGAUCCUUGUUCCAUUAUUCGAAAGAUGAUGGCACCGCUUUUCUGACCAAGGAGGAUAUUGGUCAGUUUUUGAAAGGAGAAAUGAUUAAUAUUUCUAUUAUCCAAGUGUACAUGAGGGCUACGUAGUCGGACUUGGAUGGAUUUGGGGAUGCUAUUGGACGUGUUUGUUGGAUGUGUCCGCAAAGCACCGUUACGGAGGUGCAUUCAUC